AUGUAUGAACAGGACACGUGUUUCCGCGCCGCAAACACCCCACUUUUCGUCCAACUUUUUGGCCCUGCGUGCGCCGCGCCGCAGAACUCCGCUGCGAAGGAGGCGGGUAUCCCAUUGGUGGCGCGCACGCGGCCUGCAUCCAGUGCCCGCCAGUGUGCGACCGCCCCGCCCCCUGUGCCCGCGCCGCCGCAGAACUCCGACACGGGCGCUGCCGCGGCCGACGUGCUGCCUGGCGGGGACGCGGCCACGGCGGAGACUCACGCAGACGCCGCGGUGGAGGAUGCGGCCGCCGAGCGGGGGGAGGCCGGCGCGCCCGAGAGGUCCAAGCCGCCGUUUCGGCAGGUAAUGCGGGAGCUGGAGCGGCGGUUUCAGGAGCAGAUGGAGGUGCAUCGCGGCCUUCAGGCGUCGAUGCGUCAGCUGGAUUUGCUCCGCGACGAGGUUUCACUGUUUCGAACAGAACGACGGACGGCUGCUCUUGCGGCGGCAUUGCGGCGGCAGUCAAAGCCAUUCGUGGAGCCCGCGGUGGCUGCAGUCACAGCAGCUGCGCCGGCGCCCCAAUCCUUGUCGAGGCUGGCACAGCCGCCUAUGCGCGGCGGUGCUCCCACCGCCGACCCACUGCUGGAGAAGAUACUGAAGUCAUACGCAGAGGAGCGCUCCAGCAAGGCUUCGCGGGCGGAGGAAGCAGUACAGCCGAAGGCCGGCAACACGCGAAGAACACUUCCAGUGGAUGUGGUCCGUGCGCCGGAGGAGCCGCGGCCCUACGUGCGCGUCUACUAUGUUCCUGUGGCGAAAUCCCAGGUGGAUUCACGUGGUGGGGCCUCUGUGAGCGCCUCAACCAUUACAACCACGGCAAAUGCCGUGCCAAGCACAGUGUCCUAUACGGAGGACUUUGAAACCAGUGGUGGUGGUGUUUCAACCGACCUCUCGGUCGCAAGCGGUUCCAGCAAUAACAGCGUCGCAACGAGCAGCGUGUCUGUUACACCCACCUCAAGUACGAUAACGUCGUCCGCUUCCCAGAGCGUCGUGGAUGUAAACACGACGGCAGAGGGGCCCUCCGUAGUUGAUGAAGUAAGUGUCGGCGUGCGUGACUCAACUGGGGACGACAUGCCUCUAUGGACGACGCUGCGGGAGUUCUACAACGCAUGUGGUAGCGCGAAUCGCCUUAUGCAGGCGCUUCUCGGCACCGACGGCAAAUUGUCACACACGCAACUGCGAGAUGAAGGUGCGGCUGCCUCGGAAACAAAGUUGCUCACGGACGCCAAGGACGAAGAUGGGCGUCGUGUGUGGUUGUCAAGACUGCGACGUGACGUCGGCGAUGUCCGGAAACUCCGCCGCUUCAUUGACCACGUGAAGAAGAACAUGAAGUUGCUUGACUGUCAGCGCAAGGCGCACGAGGCAAAGCGAAGGCUCCUUGUCAAGGCUCAGCGCCUGGCGAGGGCCCGCCAACGAAUGCGCAAGGAAAAGAGUACACUGUCGGACGUCGUGGAUGACAUCGGCGACCUCCUCGAGAGCGAGGCCAACCGCAGCGACGAUGGGGCGGUGAUGGAUGAGGUCGCCACGGACUCGGCUCCCAGCUGGGGCGGCGUUAGUGACGAGGUUUUGGAGGACGACGUCGUGGAUGCUGCGAGCGCUUCCGACGUCGUGGAAGAUGCGGUGGUGGACGAGCUGGACGGCGAGGGGGCGUGGGGCGGCGGCCGGCUCACUGACGGUGACGUGGACGUCCCUCAAGAGUUGGUGAGUGAAUUGAGUUGGGCGGCGGCGGAAAGCGAGUACGCAAACGCGCUUGCCGAGACCAGCGAUGUGGAUGACAUGCUGGAGGACGCCGUCCCGCUGCCAAGUGACGAGGAAGAAAUGGGCGGCGUUGCAGAGGAACUGCCGCCGGCGCCGUUGGAUGCCUCCAGCAGCCUGACAGACGUCGUCGACGAUGUCGCGAAUGCGCCUCCUGGCGCCGUUGCCGAGGGGGCGCCGCGGAGUUCGGCCGCGAGUUCCCACGGCGAUGACGUUGAAGAUGAUGCCGCCGCUGCCUCUCUCUCGGGUUCCGCAACUUCGCAGGACGCCGACGUUUCCUCUCUCUGGCCGGCCUCCACUGCCAGUCGGUCGAGUGCCUCGGCGGGUGUCCAGGGACGCAGCGAGGGCGAGUACUACCACGAUGCAACGGAUUCCGCCGAAAGUGCCCUCGAUGCCCUGGAGCAGGAACUGCGGGAGACGGCGUCACGCCGCGUGAGGGCCCUCUUGUCGGUUCAUCCACCUCCCCUCACCCCGCUCUAUGCCGCCGAGGAGGUGAACCCAACGUCAACCGGCAGCCCUCCGGGGGCUGCGUUGUUGGCGGCAGCCGUUGUGCAGCCAGCGGAGAGUGAUGCAACGGUUGAGUUGCCGCGCCAUAACGCGGUGCCUGGGUACGCUGCCGAUGAUCUUGUGGCCCAAUUGCAGUGGAAGGAGCGUCAGUUGGCCCUCUUCCGGCAGCUACGACAGAAGACUGCCUGGGAGCAGGAGAGAGACAAGGAAGAAAGGGCUGCGACGGCCUCGUCGAUGUCAACACCUGUGGAAGAGCAGGCGGAUUACCACUGGGGCAUGUUGGAGACCCUUCUGCAGUGCCGCUUCAGCUCUGCAGAGAACUACGCCCCUGCGGAAAACAGGCUGGCUGAUGCUGCUAACGAGAGCAGCUGGACGGAUGCCUACGAUGACACCGCUGCCUACACCGGCUCAGAUGUGGAAUUUUCAGCUGGUAGUGAAUGCUCUCUACAGACAGUCUGA